AUGACCAGCCUGAGGAACCCAGAAGGCAGUAAGGCUGAGAGUCACAUUUACACAGAUUCAGCUACAGUGAAGCAACUUGGGAUGAGGUAUGCCUGGCAGCUGCUAUCUCAAGGCACUGCCCCCAGCAGACAGCAGUGUCUGAGUCCUACACAGGCAAGGGCUGAGGAACGGAACACAGGCGUGUAUGGGGAACGGAACACAGGCGUGUAUGGGGAACGGAACAUAGGCGUGUAUGAGGAACAGAACACAGAACAAGUAGUAGCUGUGCCAGUGCAGGAGGUGCCUCGCCAGCCAAUCUCCACGGCGUCCACGUCUGCCCACCCGUUCCGAGACCUCCCCCUAGGCAGGGAACAGCAUUACAAGCUGCUUCCAGGGGUGGCUGACAUCCAAGCCGGCCAAGUGGCCCAAUGGACAGCGGAUGAGGUGGCCGGGUUUGUACAGUCUCUUCUGGGCUGUGAAGAACAUGCCAAGAGCUUCCAGAAGGAGCAGAUCGAUGGCAAAGCCUUCCUGCUCCUCACCCAGACAGACAUCGUGAAAGUGAUGAGGAUCAAGCUGGGCCCAGCACUGAAGAUUUACAACUCCAUCCUGAUGUUCAGGAGCUCCCAGGAUGUCACUGAGGAUGAUGUUGCCUCAGGCAGAGAAGCCAGGAGAUAACCAUGCUCCUGGACACCCACCAACUCCAGGACUUGUGCUUUCUGCAACAAGGUUGGCAGUCAUCCAUUUGAACUUAGUGUCCCCAUGGCCACACUCAUAACCGUGUCUGGUUUAGGCAUAUGCUGGAGUUUGGUACAUGAUCAAGUGUCAAUGACUCAGGUGCUUAGUUAGGUCUGAGUGUGCGUUCGAGUGACGUCCU